AUGAAUGGUGGUGUGGAACCGCAAGUGCAAGUAGGAGAUUUCUUUGAAGAAGAAGAAGAAACAGUUAUGGCGGCGGUUAAAGAGCGAGAGAUCUGGCUUCAGAACAAUAAUGGUGGCCAUCAAGGUGAUGAGGAUGAUCUUCUUGCUGGUGUAAUGGACGACGCUUCUCUGUUCUAUGCAGAUGAUGACUUCCCUUGUCUUCCAGAUUUCUCAUGCAUGUCGUCUUCUUCGUCUUCAUCUUCACCCCCAGCAGUCACAGUCAAAACCGUCACGUGCGCCUCUUCCUCCUCUAAUACGUCGUCGUCUAAUUUGGCGGCUUCCUGGGCGAAUCUCAAGUCAGAUGCAGAGCUUCGUCUCCCACCGCCACAGACCCAGCCACCGGCGUUAUCCUCCACUGCUUCUAUGGAGAUCCAGCAGCCGCCGGAUCAUCAAGGCGGCACUAAUGACAGCGGAGAUUGUCUGGACAUGAUGGACACAUUUGGAACUAUGGAACUCAUGGAGGGAAAUGAAUUCUUCGAUCCUUCAUCAAUCUUUGAAAAUGAAGAGAAUCUAUUGGACGAAUUUGUCCAGUGGGACCCGAAUCCGCCGGAAGAGGGACAUGCAAGUGGUGGAAUGAUACUGCAGGAGGAACAUCAACAGCAGCAGCAGCAACAGCCACCGCCAUUGGCGGAGACGGCGACGGAUGAAGAGAUGAGCUCGGUGUUCUUGGAAUGGCUAAAGAUAAACAAAGACAGCGUGUCUGCGACUGAUUUGAGGAACGUGAGGUUGAAGAAGGCGACAAUAGAGUGUGCAGCGAAGCGUCUUGGUGGAGGGAAAGAAGGCAUGAAGCAAUUGUUGAAGCUAAUUCUGGAAUGGGUUCAGACGAGCCAUCUUCAGAAGAAAAGACGCCUGGAAAAUCAUGUUAAUAACAAUAAUGAGAAUGACAAUCUUUUCACCACUCAUUUUCUGGAUACCACAAACCCUAGCUCUAAUCUCAACCACCAACCUUCAUUUGGCCUGGAAUGGAUCUCUCAGCCGCCGUACGGGGUUGAUCCAGCGGCUUUACCGGCGGCCCCGCCACCAUUUCCGCAACCUCUAGUUGGUUAUAGCAAUAACCUGGGAGACCCGUUUUCCAACGGAGCUUCAAAUGAAUUUCAUGCGCCGGAUUCUUCACAUUCAUGGCCUCAUUCGCAGUUUACUGUUUAUACUAACCACCAACCAUAUGGGAACAAUAAUCUACACCCGUCGGCGAUGGCGGGAUUUGGCGGUUAUGGGAACAAUCAGUACCCGUAUCAGUAUUUUCAUGGCGGCGGCGGCGGCCCAGAUAGAUUGGGUCCGUUGGCGACAAAAGAAGCGAGGAAGAAGAGAAUGGCGAGGCAGAGACGGCAUUUAUCUCAUCACAGGCAUCACAAUAAUGUCCAAGACCAUCAACAAAACCAGCAGAGCCCAACCAGUGAUUAUUACACUACUGCUACAGUUGUACCGCAUGCAAAUCCACCCAACUGGUUGUAUUGGCCGCCGGCGGCGCCGUCUAACGGUGGAGCCGCUUCUGUUGUGCCAACGUCUCAGGCGGAGCCACCACCGCCGGGGAGAAAUGUGGGGGAUCGGAUGGCGGCCAUGCAAUCCGACCAGAAUAAUAAUCAACAAAACCGGGUCUCAUCAGAUAAACGACAGGGAUGGAAACCAGAGAAGAACUUGAAGUUCCUUCUGCAGAAAGUGUUAAAGCAAAGCGACGUGGGUAAUCUGGGGAGGAUAGUGUUGCCAAAGAGAGAAGCAGAAACCCAUUUGCCAGAACUGGAGGAAAGAGAUGGGAUUUCCAUAGCAAUGGAAGACAUUGGAACUUGUCGUGUUUGGAACAUGCGCUAUAGAUACUGGCCAAACAACAAAAGCAGGAUGUAUCUGCUUGAGAAUACAGGAGAUUUUGUGAGAGCCAAUGGACUUCAAGAAGGAGACUUCAUAGUGAUAUAUUCAGAUGUAAAAUGUGGCAAAUAUAUGAUAAGGGGUGUGAAGGUAAGGCAAGCAGCUGGCACCAAAGUUGAGACGAAGAAAGCAGCCUCAGGAAAAUGCCAGAAGGCUAAUGGAUCUGAUACAUUUUCACCAAACAAGAAUGAGAGAACAAGGCAAUAA